AUGAAUCAUUCAAAGCUCAGUCUUAACCCACGACUCGAGGUUAUUUGCAACGUCUGUGCGAAGUUCGAGAGGGAAUGUAACAUUUACUUGACAUCGAGGUCUCCGGAGAACGUCCACAAAACCCCAGACUGGUACUUCAAGGUCCAUGACAAUUUCACGGACCUGCAAAAGUGUGCUCGGAAAGGAUGUGCUUUGUGUAUCGUCUUGCGAAAAGCUCUCCUCCAAGGGUGUUUAUCCAAGGAGAGCCUCACGCAACUCGACAAAUGCAAAGCUCCCGUUGAAUUAAGCCGUCCAACUCCUUUGAACGAAAAUAAUACACUCCGCUGGGACCCACGAUUCCAUAUCGAUGUUAAAGUCACAGAACAACCUCGACUGGAAUUGGUAGCUCGGAUUUUUCUGGGCCGCACUCCCAAUGUCCGGCAAAUAGCCUUAAAUGCAAGAGACAAAGCUGUAUUCACACUCGCCAAGCAAUGGAUUCACCGAUGCACCGAACACCAUCAUAGGUGCACGGAACGAAUGGAAAUAGAGCAUUAUGGGAACAAUCCAGCGCGAUUGCUCGAUCUCGGAAUCCACUCAUCGUCUCGGGUCAAACUGGUCACCUCUCCCACCAACCGCUUAGAGCCCUACGCAGCUCUGAGUUACUGUUGGGGCAAGUUCGAAAACAACAAAACGACAAUGGAUAGCAUUGACGAAUAUAGGAAUGGUGUUGAUCUAGCGAGGUUUGGGGGCACUUUGCACGAUGCCAUCGUGCUCACGAGACAGCUCGAAAUCAGAUAUCUGUGGAUCGAUGCUUUGUGCAUCAUCCAGGCAGGUGACGGCGGCAAAGACUUCGCGAGAGAAUCUGUCAGGAUGCACAAGGUAUAUGGGAAUGCUCUUGUGACGGUGUCAAUCUGCUCGAGCGAUAGCUCGGAGACGAACUUUCUCGUCGCUCGCGAGUCGGAAGGGAUGAAGACCAGGCGCUGCUCGCUUCUUGGUUAUAAGAUAUCGCUUCCGGGAAAGACAAUCAAGCAGAUCCGUGCUGGCUGUCCUUUGAUGAGUCGUGGUUGGACUUUUCAAGAGGAGUUGCUCUCUCCGAGGGUGCUGUAUUGGUCCAAUCAAGGUAUCUUCUGGGCAUGCUGGACGGAACAAGAUUCAGAAAACGACCCUUCUAGAAAGGAAACUUGGCGAUCGGACCCUACUUGGAAGACCAUAGUAGAAGAUUACGCCGCUCGAGAUCUGACAAAGGCCGAGGACCGACUGACGGCACUCUCUGGAGUUGCCUCCCGUCAUGCUCAGUCGGACUUGACGGAUAGAUAUGUAGCAGGGCAUUGGCUAAAGAGUCUGCCACCAAGCCUUCUAUGGACUGUUACUAAACCUAUACAGCAAACUGAUUGUUUAUCGACGGAGCAGUAUAUCGCGCCUUCAUGGUCUUGGGCAUCGAUUCCACCCGGCAUGCAAAUCAAAUUCCCAGAGGUAUAUUCACGGACACCUGAUCCUCCAGUACGGAUGAAAGUUGUCCUACAUGGUACCGACCCGAUAGGACCUAUCAAGAGUGCUUCAAUAACUCUCAAGAACGUCACUAGACCACUGUUACUCCCCGGCGUCGAGCAGAUCCCCUGGCCGGAGGCAGUAGAAGAUGGUAACAAAGAAAUCUACCCGAGUCUUUUCCUCUCUCGACUCACGUAUUCCGUGGAUGCGGUAAAAGGCACUGUCAUGGUGUCUGCGGGGAAAAGACAGUGGGCUAUUAUAAAGAUAGACAGGAUGCCUAUGCCGGACCUACAGAAUACAGUGUGUUUUCGGAUCGAGAAGGGAUUUCUUCUUUUAAAGCAAGACCAUUUAAGUAGUGUGGAGAAUUCCUUCUCUCGCUUAGGUUGCUGUUCUCAUACGGAGUGGGAGGGCUUUUUUAAGGUCGAAGAAGCGGUCCAGUCUGAGGUCAUACUUGUGUAA